AUGGCCUCCCCAGCAUCCAGCAACGGCGACGACCAGAGGAAGAAUCUGGAGCAGAUCACCUUCCGCUUUUGUAGUGAAUGUUCGAACAUGUUGUACCCUAAAGAAGACCCCGAUACCCAUCGAUUACAGUUCGCCUGCCGAACCUGCCAAUACUCUGAAGAGGCCGCGUCUUCGUGCGUUUUCCGAAAUAUCCUCAACAGCGCGGUUGGAGAGACUGCUGGUGUGACACAGGAUGUUGGAUCAGACCCGACUGUUGGUUUACCUCUCUGUUUGUUGUGCGGAUCUGUCGUUGUGUGCGAAGGCAGAAUCGAGGCAGAUGCCCCGGAGGAUCAGAUGCUCCAAGGGAGGAUCUCUGCAAAGAUGCAGAAGCUUUGA